AUGGCUGAGCAAAAACUUUCUCCGAAAGCCAUUGACUGGGUAGCUUCUGGGGAGAUAAUGUCUCAAAACGAGAAGACUAUUGCUAACUCCAUGAAAUCCUGGCAUGAGACCCUCACCUCCAGGUUGGCUUCCGUACCUGGGUAUCCACCUGCUAUUGGCUGGACUGACUGCAAGGCCCAUAUAGCAAAGGCUGGCUUGGUAGGUGACUUUGAGAAGAAGUUUAAUGCCCUGAAGAUUCCUGUGCCAGAGGAUAAGUAUAGUGCCCUGGUGAAUGCUGAGGAAGAAAAAGGUGUGAACAGUUGUGCUGAGUUUUUGUCUCUCUCAAAGGCCAGGAUUAAGCAAUAUGAGAAAGAGCUGGAGAAGAGGAAGAACAUAAUUUCAUUUGAUCAGAUGACCACUGAGGAUUUGAAUGAGGUCUUCCCAGAAAUUAAAUUAGACAAAAAGAAGUAUCCCCAUUGGCCUCACAAGCCAAUUGAGAAUUUAUAA